UGCAGAGAGAGGCACUGGGACGGAUCCCAGGGUGCUCGCAAACACGGAAUGUGAGGCCUCGGCCCGGCUGCCACCGGAUCCCUGGCCCGCUCUCCACACGGGCCUGCGCCCGCGCCCGCCGCCCCCAGCUUGCCCGGAGGAGCCAGGGCAGCCGCGCCCUUCUGCUGUGUGCCCGCGUGGCCGCCGCCACCCCUCGGAAUCCUCCGGGGCCGCCGAGGAGUUCGCUACGGAGGGAGGCGGGGGCCUUCGGGAGGAGGAGGCGGAGGAGGCGGAGGAGGAGGGAAGGAAGAUGGCGGCCGUGGAACUAGAGUGGAUCCCAGAGACCCUCUAUAACACCGCCAUCUCCGCUGUCGUGGACAACUACAUCCGCUCACGCCGAGACAUCCGCUCCUUACCCGAGAACAUUCAGUUCGAUGUUUACUAUAAGCUGUACCAACAGGGACGCUUAUGUCAACUGGGCAGUGAAUUUUGUGAAUUGGAAGUUUUUGCUAAAGUAUUGAGAGCUUUGGAUAAAAGACAUUUGCUUCAUCAUUGUUUCCAGGCUUUGAUGGAUCAUGGUGUGAAAGUUGCUUCAGUCUUAGCCUACUCAUUCAGUAGACGGUGCUCUUACAUAGCGGAAUCAGAUGCUGCAGUAAAGGAAAAAGCCAUUCAGGUUGGCUUUGUUUUAGGUGGCUUUCUUUCAGAUGCAGGCUGGUACAGUGAUGCUGAGAAAGUUUUCCUGUCUUGCCUCCAGUUGUGUACUCUACAUGAUGAGAUGCUUCAUUGGUUUCGUGCAGUAGAAUGUUGUGUGAGAUUGCUUCAUGUGCGAAAUGGAAACUGCAAAUAUCAUUUGGGUGAAGAAACAUUUAAGUUAGCUCAGACAUACAUGGAUAAACUCUCAAAACAUGGCCAGCAAGCAAACAGAGCUGCGCUCUAUGGAGAACUGUGUGCACUCCUGUUUGCAAAAAGUCACUAUGAUGAGGCAUACAAAUGGUGCAUUGAGGCAAUGAAAGAAAUCACAACAGGCUUACCAGUCAAAGUCGUGGUGGAUGUUUUAAGACAAGCUUCUAAGGCUUGUGUUGUAAAACGUGAAUUUAAGAAGGCAGAACAGUUAAUUAAGCAUGCAGUGUAUUUGGCACGGGAUCAUUUUGGAUCCAAACACCCAAAAUAUUCUGAUACACUGCUAGAUUAUGGGUUCUACUUACUCAAUGUAGAUAAUAUCUGUCAGUCUGUUGCAAUUUAUCAGGCAGCCCUUGACAUUCGGCAGUCAGUGUUUGGUGGCAAAAAUAUCCAUGUAGCAACAGCUCAUGAAGACUUGGCUUAUUCUUCUUAUGUUCACCAGUAUAGCUCUGGGAAAUUUGACAAUGCACUAUUUCAUGCAGAAAGAGCUAUUGGUAUCAUUACCCACAUCCUACCUGAAGAUCAUCUUCUUUUGGCUUCUUCAAAGAGGGUGAAAGCACUUAUUUUAGAGGAGAUUGCAAUUGACUGUCAUAAUAAAGAAACUGAACAGAGGUUGCUUCAAGAAGCUCAUGAUUUGCACCUGUCUUCACUCCAGCUAGCUAAAAAAGCUUUUGGGGAAUUUAAUGUACAGACUGCAAAACACUAUGGAAACCUUGGAAGACUUUAUCAGUCAAUGAGAAAAUUUAAGGAAGCAGAAGAAAUGCACAUCAAAGCAAUUCAGAUUAAAGAGCAACUUCUUGGUCAAGAAGAUUAUGAAGUAGCCCUUUCAGUGGGACAUCUGGCUUCUUUAUAUAAUUAUGACAUGAAUCAGUAUGAAAAUGCUGAGAAACUUUAUUUGCGAUCUAUAGCAAUUGGGAAGAAACUUUUUGGUGAAGGCUACAGUGGACUAGAAUAUGAUUACCGAGGUCUCAUUAAACUUUACAACUCCGUUGGAAAUUACGAGAAAGUGUUUGAAUAUCACAAUGUUCUGUCUAACUGGAACCGGUUGCGAGAUCGGCAGUAUUCAGUGACCGAUGCUCUUGAAGAUGUCAACACCAGCCCCCAGUCCACUGAAGAAGUGGUGCAGUCCUUCCUGAUUUCUCAGAAUGUUGAGGGACCGAGCUGCUGAGGGAGGACCUCAGUUAACUAAUUUACCUUUUCCCAGAUUCCAGGGAAUUCAUACUGUGAAAUCAAAACCAUAUUGUUUUUUGGGGCUGGAAUUUGCAUUGAAACACUGGUCCAGUCCAUUGACCCUAUUUGGGUGAUCCCUAUCUUGCAGAGUGUCCGUAGGAAUAAGCAUAUAUUCAGUUAUAUUCAGCAUGUACCGCAUGUAUAAGUAAUCUGGCCCAUAUUUUCAACCUAGUAGAACAAACAACAGGAAUUUUUUUUUCUUUUUAAAAAAUAAUUCAUUUUGCAGAAAGCCUGAAAGAAAAAAAGAACCCCUAAAUAAAACUAUUUAAGAGUUUAAAAGAGUUGCAUUCUUAUUAUGUAAGGAUGAUUUUAACAACUUUUUAACAUAUAAUUCUUCCUUGAGGAGGUAUUCAAUACUGUAUUGUAAAGAAAUUUUAUGGGGAAAAUCUUUAUAUGCAGUAUAGAAAAGUUAACACAAAUACUAAUAGAAGAGGGACAUCCAGACUUAGGUUUGGCUACCUUACCCAGAGAAGUGGAUACAACCACUCCAGAGCUCUAUUACAAGGGAAGGACUGUCAGAUUCAUCUGAACUGGACCAGUGUUGAUCUGUAAGUAACAGGAAAGCUGAUAAACCAGCAGUUUUAACUCUUUGGUUGUUUUGGUUUUGUUGUGUUUUUUUGGGGUACAAAAAUGCAAGAUGCUCUCAUAGCGUUUGCUAACAGGACCAGGAGGAUCUGAAAAGGACCAGCCUAAUGUAGAAAGGGGUUAUUUGGACCAGAGGCUUUAGAUUAUUAUUUUAGCCCCUGCCUAUACUUUUAUCAGUAGAAUGAUUUCAUUUAGAUGUAUAAUGAAAAGUGAUCAUGCAAAAAUUAUAUUCAUGCAAUAGACACCAAACUAGGGAAAUUUGGCAAUUUCAGUGGCAUAUUUUAGUCAAGGUACACAGAUGGCAAUGCCAUAAGCAAGUCUAUAAAUAUCUGCUGCAGCCAUCUCCCUCAUUUUAAAUGUUACCCUAAUAAGCAACACAGUUAGCAAGUAUAUUGGCUAAGAGUCAUGAAAUAGCUCAUGUCCAGAUGGGAAUUAUAGGUUACUGUGUGGUUUAUGGGGAUUAAUGGAAAAAUGAAUUCCGAAAAACAGCAAGUCUUCUUAGAAAUCCUUCAUGUUUAUGGUAAAUAAUAGUGCAACUAGGUCAUUUUAUUUGAAAUUCAAGAGUCAAGUGGAAAGAUUCCCCUAAUGAUAUAUCUAUUUCACUAACUUGUCUUUCUGUUUAUUGGGUUUUGAUUUUUUUUUUAAGCCAGUCAGGUUAUUUAAUGUUGAGGUAAUAUUCAAAUUUGAGAAGUUGUGACAUGUAGCAAUCCAAGAAACAAAAAAGGUCUUUUGCUGUUACCUCAGUUCUUAUUAUAGUGGCCUAUUUGGUGCCUCUAUAGUUAAGAAUCAGGGUUUUCCCCCCUAUUUUCAGGGGUUCAUGACUUGGCUGUUAGAGAUGUUGCUCCUGGCUAAUGCUGGGAGUGGUCUGUGGGUGAGUGGAUGUGUGCUGAAUUUUGGUUUUCUUUUAACAGGCACGUUGGGGUGGGAGGGAGAAAAAAUCUAAACUGUCCACCACAUUGACUACAGAAAAAGUAAUUGGAGAUUUCAGAUAAAUUUGAUUUUAAACACUUUUUUGGACUUCCUAAAUACAACCUUGUUUAAAACUUUUAUUUGCCGUCUUGUUAGUUAUGAGCCAGUGUUUUUAAGUCCCCAAGUGGGCGAUGACUAGGGGAGGUACCUAAAGAUGAAGCAAGCCCAGACCUUAAGAUUAUAGCUAUGCGAUUUUGAAACCUGGGUUUAAUCCUCAAAUUGAAUUAUUUUUAAUUUUGAAAAGAGUACAUUGGCACACCUGCACCUCCCCCUUCCAGUUUAUUACAAUCUAAUGCCAAGAGGCACCUCUUUAUUAAUUACCAAAUAGUCUGUGUGACCAAGGACUAACAUUUUUAAGUUACUCAGCUCUAUCCUCAUGGGCCUAUAUAUUUAAUACCUCCAAAGAUACUUUAAGGAUAGGCUUUGUAUACUUUUGUUGGUUAUUUAGAGUCCUGUGGUAUGUUUGUGGUAUAGGAAUGUCAUGGUAAAUUGUUUUUCAAUAAAUAUUUUGAAACUUA